UCCGUCCAGUCGCCGCUCGUCCAUCCGCCCAGUUUUGGCCACCGUCCAUGGCGGAUGUAGCGGCUGGAGGGCGCUGGGCAUUGUGGCUGGCGAGCUGGUGGGGACUGAAAGGGCUCCUUUGGGACGUUCUCUGGUCCAACCGCCAGUCCAACCGGAGGCUCGGGGAGGCUGGAGAGGCUUUCAGUGGAGCAACGUGGGAUCCGGUACCCGAAGCGGCGUCGGGAGAGGUGGAUCCAUGGAGUUCGACCCAAGCAUCUAUGUCUUAUGCCUGAGCCUCGCCACGCAUGUGCGUGUGCCGCCACCCUUCGGCCAAGUGCCGCCCUUGCUGGACGUGUUCAUCGUGUAUUUCCAGUGCUUCAGUCCCUUCUGUAGCCUGCUCUUUGGUACCUUGGCCCUCUGCUACCGUUCUCCCACCUGGCUCCUGAGUAGCGCCUCCUGCGCCUGGGCCGCCUUUGGUCGACCCUGCUGGCCGCGGAGAGGCGCGCAGCGGCCGGCGCGGCCCUGGUUGACCAUGCUGCAUCCCUAUGCCUACUGGUUUUUCCGUCGAGUUCCAGGCCACGGAGGCGGUGAGGUGCACAUCGAACGCUUGUGGCCUUCCGGCUUAGAGGCGCCCAUCGAUGUGUGGUACGAAGCAGGAGCUUCCAGUCCUUCGCGUUCUCAGCCUCUCCGGCCCAUUCUGCUGAACCUCCACGGGGGCGCUUGGCGCGGCGGCGAGGCACGGAUCAGCCCGCAGUCGCCCAUCUGGCAGACCCUGGCCGCGCAAGGCUUCCUGAUCGUCUCUUGCGAAUACCGUCGCCGGCGGGGUGCUCAAUGGCCUGUUCAGCUGAACGACUGCCGCGCGGCGCUCAUGUGGCUGGUGCGCGAAGGCGCGGCGCAGUUCCACGGCGACCUGGAGGACCUGACCAUCGCGGGCGCCUCGGCGGGCGGACAUCUGGUGGCGCUGCUGCUGGCGGAGGCGGUGAAGAAGCAGCUGCCGCUGCCAGUGACCUUCCGCGCGGCGCUGCUCUUCUAUCCGGCGCUGGACCCGGCGGACCGCUGCCGCUCCACGGUCCGUUUGCCCUUUUCUUGCUCUCUUUUGGGCGUGCGAUACCAGAUGAGCGCGCUGGAAUGGUUCUUCGAGUUCUUCGUCUUGAAAUCCCAACGCCACUGCUGGAGCUCCGCCGAGCCUCUGAAGCAGCUCCAGGAGCUGCGGAAGGAGCAAGCCGCGGCAUGGCCUCCGACCCUGGUGGUGCAUGGGGAGAGGGAUGGAGUGGUGCCUGUGGAGCAUAGCCGAGAGUUCCUGAAGACGCUGGCAGAGCUCAGUGAGGAAGGCGGCGUGGGACUGCGAAGCUGCGAUCAGCUGCUGGAAAUCCCUGGUGGGCGCCACACCUUCGAGAUCGUCUACUGCGACCUUUCGGACAUGUCCUACGACUGCACUUUGGCAUGGCUGCAUCAACUACGAUCCGUCCAUAAAGACGGUUCGGGUCAGGGUUGAAUGGCAGGGCCGUUCAGAACGGAAGCCCC